AUGGCUGAAUCACCGCAAUCCAAAGACAAGCAACCACAACCACGACCCGUAUCUUCGGGCAAGCCAGUGCAACAACCACAGGAACCAAACCAGGAUCUUGUCCUCAUCGACCAAUAUGGUAUGCCAGCAGAAGACAGCACAGUUGACUGGUCUCAUACUGUGUUAAGCUGGGGUGAUCGUGAGGAAGCUGAGGCUAAAUCUUUCGUGCUGGGAAAAGUCUUCUACGGAGAGAUCGUACGGUGGAGGGAGGACGAGUGGCGGCAGGGACUGUAUGGUCAUCCAUCUGAUCCGCAAAGCCGGAGUAGAACUGGCUGGGUCGUCAAAAGACACAACUCGCCACAGCAAGCGUUCACUGGUCCCACGAUAGCCGCGCCGGCAAAUAGUUUUCCAUCCUUGCCCGAGCUCGAGGGGGAUGACAGCUUCAUACGAGAGGCAGAUGACUUCAUCGCCCAGCUCAAUCGUGGUAAUGCCAACAGUGUACAGCAACCGAGCUCAUACCAAGGAAUACCCGGACAGACAGCACAUCGAUGCUCACAUGGGCCUGUUGUUUCCGUUUCGCAUAAUGGACCACCUCGGCCAGUAAGUGAGGGCGACCGACAGCUGAUCAGAGAUUACAAAAAGCGGGCCGAAGAGCGAAAGACGCAAUUUCGAAUUGAGAGGGAGAGGGAGGCGAAGGCAAGGAAAAUACCGAGGACGGCCAGUGAAGAAGCCUUAGAGAAAGGACGACGCUAA